GCGGGACGAGAGGACGUGCGUUGCUCUUUAUCCCAUUGGCACCCGCAGCGUCGCACUCACCACGCAUCUUCCCUCUUGCUGUGGGGCUGAACACUAAAGCGAGUCUCACAUGGAUUAAAAGCGAAACCAAAAAUCAAACCGAGAAUGAACAAAUAGAUAAAUCAUAUGAACUUAGUAACUUUGAAAGGGAAUUAACAAUAGAAACAGGUGACGUAGAUAAUAUUGAGAGUGAUUAGCGUGUUAUGAUCUACUUUCUCUAUUUUCCUCUUCUCCUUUGCCUCCUCAUGUCUCUGCGGGGCUCAAGAGGAAGCGUACUGGCGGUCGGGAAAUAAUACUGUGUCUCAAUGAGGUUAAUUGGUGGCAUGUAACCAGGAGCUCCCCGCGACGCCACCACCGCCACCAUGAUUCUUCUUCCCUCGUGGCUACUCCGGCUGCCGCUCUGCUCCCUCUUCGUCUUGUUCGGCAGCGUGGCGGCGGCCCUGGAGCUCCUGACGGUGAAGGUGCCAGCAUACGCGAUCAGAGGAGGCAGCGCUAAACUCUACUGUAGCUACAAGUUGGACGAUGACGCCUCCCUUUACAGCCUCAAGUGGUACAAGGGCGACCACCAGUUUUACCAGUACAUCCCAAGCAACAUCAUAUCCAAGAACACUUUUUUCCUCCCCGGUGUGGAUGUGGAUAUGGCGAGGAGCAGCCGAGGGUCAGUGGUAUUAGAGAACCUUGGCUUCCACUCCUCCGGUACGUACAGGUGUGAGGUGAUUACCGAGGCGCCUUUGUUCCUUACCAAGCUGGGCGAGGGCAACCUGACUGUCAUUGACCCUCCAGACAGCGCCCCGGUGCUGGAUGGGGCCCAAGCUGCCUAUCACGUGGGGGAGCAGGUGUCCCUCAACUGCACCUCGCUGUCCUCGCGUCCUGCAGCCACCCUGGCGUGGUACGUCAACGACCAGCUGGUGACAGAACCACACCGCCUGCGGGAAUAUCAGGUGCUGCAUGAGAUGGGGGGGCUGCAGACCGCCGUACUGGGCCUGUCCUUCACCACAUCGCGCCAACACUUCCAGCGGGGCUUCAUGAGGCUCAAGUGUGUCGCUAGGAUCGCCACCGUGUACUUCCAAUCCCAGGAGACUUCCGUUGCAGAGGCAGAGACCCGCCCUCCCCACACCGUCGCCGAGGGACGCCGCCACUUCCUCCUGGGGAGCGGGCGACCUGCAGGAGGGGGAGGCCCAGAUGUGCUCCUGUUGGGCCUAGCACUGAGUCUGGCUACCCUCCUCACCUACGUGCUUCCGAUUCCUCACCAACAUUACCACCACCACCACAACAACAACAGCAACAACAAUCACCACACAAUUUCCUCUUCCUCCUCUUUGUAAACUGAACAUAUCUUGUAGUGUCCGCUUGUAAGAUAAGUACACACACACACACACACACACACACACAGAGAGAGAGAGAGAGAGAGAGAGAGAGAGAGAGAGAGAGAGAGAGAGAGAGAGAGAGAGAGAGAGACCUUCCACUAAUACUAUAACAAACGACUGCAUGAAUGUGUCAAAUAAUUAUGGUACACUGUUUAUUUGUUUGUGUAUGCUUGUUUAUAUAGCCGAAGAUUUGAGCCAUUAUUAUUAACUUCCAACACACACACACACACACACACACACACACACACACACACACACACACACACACACACACACACACACACACACACACACACACACACACACACACGUUGCUGAGUCUUCUGGGUCUUUUAAGUUCAGCGGAGCAUCCAGGACUCUCUGUGCCAGGACACCGCUUGACAUCAUAACUCAGCAAGUCAGCAAGUCAGCAAGUCAUGAAGCCGACGCGAGGUAGAAGAUCGUGCAGCGAGUGAAAAGCUGCUAAACUCUGUAACUUUAGCGUGAGUGAGCAUAGUGGUUAAAGACACAAUAGUUAAGAAAUACAAACGUUUCUCCAUCUUAUCUAGACAACGAAAGAUGAGGAGGAACCUUACAGCGAGGGAGAAACUGCUAAACUCUGUAACUUUUAACGUCAGUGAGCGAGUGGUGGUACAGAAAAGGAAAAAUAAUAUCAAACUACGAUUAAGAAAUAUUCAUAAACGCUCCACUGUAUAUUCUCUCUUGCUUUCAAAGGAUUACAGUGCAAGUUAUUGAAGUUAAAUUCGAGUGUGUGUGUGUGUUUAUCAUAAUUUUUUUUGAAGUGAAAGAAAUUACGAGCUGUGUAAUGAAAGAUGAGAGGUUUUUUUUUAAGGGUCAAGUGGUGGUUUAACAGACUCCACGCCAUCGAAAUGAGAAAAAAAUAAAACACUAAAGAGAGAACAUUGUUAAACUGAUUCUCUGUGUGACCUUUGGAAGCUGUUCUUAAGUGAACCUGGAGCGUUCGAAAAUGCUUAAAAGAUAAAGAUGAUUAGCUUACAUUUGCUUUCAUACUGUCAUUCAUGUGAUAGGAUUAAUAUGAGAGAAUCCUUUUAAAGACUGUUAGGGGUUAAUGCAAGCUGACUAGGAAAGAAAACUAUAGAUUGACAUAAAAAGACAUGUAGUGAGUGAGCUGCAAAAAUAAGACAAAGAACGAAGGGAUUUAAGUCAUGUCGAAAAAUAAAAGAAAGAGAAUGAAGGGAAUUUGUGUUAAAGCGAAUAAGAGCUUUAGAGUGUUUGGUAAAGGAAAGUAAGUGAAUUUGUUUCACUCUGGAAUGUGAAAGAAAAUGAAGAGAAUGAAAGAAAAUGGUAUUUGUUAAAGGGAGACAAAACUAAAGACGCGCUGCUAUGUGAUUUGUACGCUGAUUUGUGAAACUUUUUAUUUUUCUAACUUUUUUGGAUGAAUUAAUAGUGUUUUGCUUUGCUCACUCCCACACACACACACACACACACACACACACACACACAGCUGGCAAAACACAAUCAGAUCCGUUAGUUACGUGCAGCGCAUCCCAUCCGUGUGAUAUUAUAGAAAAAAAAGUAAAGUUGUCAACUCGU